AUGCCCGGCAACACACUUGCACCAACUCUCGCAACCGUGCCCAUCCCUACAGCUGGAUCGAGCUACGAUAUCAUCAUCAUCGGAGGAGGAGUGCUCGGGGCAUCAUUCACAGCAACCUUCGGCAAACAGGGCAAGCGUGUCCUGAUGAUAGAACGCGAUCUGAGCGAGCCAGAUCGCAUUGUCGGAGAACUAUUGCAGCCAGGCGGAUGCGACGCACUCAAGGAACUCGGACUUGCUGACUGCAUGGAGGGCAUUGAUGCAGUCCCUACAUUUGGAUACGGAGUUAUCCGGGGUUCUGAGAUGGUCCAUAUUCCCUACACUACAGACCCCAGCACCGGAAAACCUGUCCAAGGGCGCUCCUUCCACCACGGUCGGUUCAUUCAAAAGCUCAGAGCCGCUGCUGCACGGACUCCAAAUGUGUCGAUCGUGGAGGCCACUGUCAACGAGAUCCUGUAUGACCAGGAUGGAGUGCGAGCAACCGGCGUUAGCUGUACAGCAAAGAAGGACGCGACAGACGGGGAGAGCGUUACAUCUUCAGCAUCCUCAACAGAGUACAAAUCGCCCAUGGUCGUCGUUGCAGAUGGCUGCUUCUCCAAAUUCCGCAAGCAGUAUCUUUCCAAACCUGUGAAGACCGCCUCUCAUUUUGUCGGGCUAAUCCUAAAAGAUGUUUCCCUCCCGUUCCCCAACCACGGUCAUGUAAUCCUCGCUACGCCGUCCCCGAUUCUCAUGUACCAGAUCUCCAAAACUGAAACCCGCAUACUUAUCGAUAUCCCUGGCCAACUCCCCUCUGCCUCUUCAGGCGCACUUCGUUCAUAUCUCGAAUCGACCGUUUCCCCACAGCUCCCCCAGGCUGCUCAAAAGUCCUUCUUGCGGGCUCUCGAAACAGAACGCCUGCGCUCUAUGCCUAACAGCUUCUUACCCCCAUCCACCAGCUCAGAACUUGGCGUCAUCGUAUUGGGAGACGCGAUGAAUAUGAGGCACCCGCUCACAGGAGGCGGCAUGACCGUGGCACUGAGCGAUGUGGUUUAUCUGAGAGAUUUCUUGAAGGAUAACGUCUUGAAGGAUCAGGAAGUGACCAUGAUCCAGAUGGAGCUGUUUUUCUGGAAGAGGAAGGAAAUGAGUGCUAUCAUCAACAUUCUUGCACAAGCACUCUAUACGCUUUUCUCCGGCACAGAUAAAAACCUCACAGUGCUUCGCAACGGCUGCUUCAGCUAUUUCCAGAUGGGCGGCGAGUGUAUCCGUGGCCCUGUUGGACUCUUGUCGGGCGUUAGCCAUAGUCGUAAAACACUGAUCUACCACUUUUAUCGCGUCGCGCUCCAUUCUAUCUGGAUGCUCUUCCAUAACGCAGAUUCGUAUGCACAGUUCCCGGUACUUUUCUUGAGUGCAGUCAGCAUCUUCUGGACAGCCUGCGUCGUGUUCUUGCCCUUGCUUUGGACAGAGUGCUGGGCGUGA